GCCGUACAUCGCCGCCAUGCAGAGGUACGCGGGUCGAGUUGCCAUGGUGACAGGAGCCAGUUCCGGCAUAGGCGCUGCCAUCACGAGGGCGCUCCUGCGGCACGGUCUCACCGUGGUGGGCGUGGAUUUGCAGCCGGACAGGAUGGAGGCAUGGGAAUUAAAUGACGCCAAAGGAAAGUUAUAUCCCCGUUACUGUGAUGUCAGUAAUGAAGAAAGCGUUGUAUCUGCAUUCAAGUGGACUCUAGACAACCUGGGAGGUGUCGAUAUUCUCAUCAACAGCGCUGGCGUAUUCUUUGAUGCAAGCCUAACUGGUGGGGCCACUAAAGACUGGAGACAUACGUUGGACGUGAACGUGCUGGGUCUGAGUAUCUGCACCAGGGAGGCCGUGCAGGGAAUGCUCAGCAGGGGCGUCGAAGAUGGCUUCAUCAUCCACAUCUGCAGCCUCGCCGCUUACAUCCCACCACACGACCCCCAAUACGCGAUGUACUUCGGCAGCAAGACGGCUGUCAGGGUGCUGCUUGAUGGACUCAGGAAGGACUUGCUCGCCCGGAACAGCCGCAUCCGUGUUGGAGAAGUAUCCCCAGCGCUGGUGAAGACGGAGAUCAUGAAGAACGUGAGUGAAGAUAACCGAGCCUUGUGGGAUUCCCCUUGCCUUCAGCCAGAUGACGUGGCACAGGCGGUGUUGUACAUGCUGUCUCAGGAGCCGCACGUGAUGGUGUCUGACGUCAUCAUUCGAGCUACGGGCUCACUCCACUGACAGCGUUCGGUGAACGACCGAGCACCACAAAGAAGUUUAAGACUUUUACAAGUGUUACAACAAAUUUAUUUAAAUUUUAAGCCUAUAAAAGAUUAAUCCAUAACAAUUUAUUUUAAUGAUUCGGAUGAAAAUAUUAAUGAAUGUUUUUCUAGUAUUUCAGAAAAAAAUACUACUGAAAAAAUCACACAAGACGAUUUCAUCCUGUAUGUAUUAUUUUGAAGCCCAAGAUUUUAAACCAUCUCUGUCGAGCCUGUGUGUCUAGUGGUUAUACGCGCUCCCUAUAAACCAAAAUGCAGCGGUAUCGAAUCCCGGUCGGACCUAGGAAUGCUUCAGUCUGCCCUUAAAUUAGCCUUCAUCAUUCAAUAAAGUGAAGAUUCUCCAUGAUUCGGAUUCAAAGUUUCCCCUUGCUCCAGUAGGGUUAUUGGGGUAGGUUAGGGACACACAAGUCACCGAAGAGGCGUUCAACUGAAACACUUGUCACAGAGUAUUGAGUCAGAAGGAAUUACUUUUAUUAUAAAACACUUGUACACAUCUGCGUUCUGACAAAUAAGCUUUCCAUAAACAAAAUAUGGAACAAUUUUUGCGAUAUAGGGGAGAGCGGGGCUACAAGUUUGGAUUUUUAGUUACCAUCAAAUUCGUUAAGAAUACUUGAUUUUAGUAUUCAAGCGAUGCAAUCAAAAUUAACUUAUAUAUGUAAUUUUGCUAUUAAGACAGUCAUUUGGGUCAUUUAUUGUAAGAAUUAUUUAGUAAUAAUGUUUUAAUGUCUAAAGUCGUAAAAUUACAACUU